AUGUUCUCGCUGAGACAUACUCUCGUAUCCUCGGCGGCUCUCAAGCCGACAUCGCUUCACAGAGCGGCAUUUAUUGCGCGGCGCUGCAACUUCUCAUCAACAUCUGUUUCCCUUUCCGCUUCCUCCACCGACGCCACAAGUUCCGCAUGGAAGAUCGCCAAAGUACCGCAUCGCGGUGUACUCGAAGUCUCCGGAAGAGACACAGUCAAGCUCCUCCAAGGUCUUGUCAGCAACGAUGUCAAGGCGCUCGAAUCUUCCAAGACCAACUCCGCUCCAACCUUGGUGUACGCAGGAUUCAUGAAUCCUCAAGGACGAAUGCUCGCCGACGUAUUCAUCCAUCGUCAACCAUCUCUGGAAGAUGGGUCUCCAAGGUGGCUGCUCGACAUCGACUCGCGCACACUGCCGUCUCUGCUCAGCUUCAUCAAAAAGUUCAAACUUCGAUCAAAGGUCAGACUCGUCGAUGUAUCAGAACAGUACAGUGUCGUUCAAGCUUGGUCUGCGUCCACAUCGCAGUCGCCACCAGCAGCGAUUGGGGACAAGCUCAGUCUGGAUCCGAGAUGUCCUACAAUAGGAUACCGAGGUGUUCUUUCCUCCGAUACUUCACUCGACUUUGGCGCUUCCGCCGUGGAAGACAUGGAAUAUACUUUGCAUCGAAUCAUCAACGGCAUUGCCGAAGGAGCACUUGAUUUCCCAGAAGGGACGAGCUUGCCACUCGAAAACAACCUCGACUACAUGAACGGCGUUGAUUUCCGAAAAGGAUGCUACGUAGGUCAGGAACUGACCGCGAGAACACAUCACACCGGCGUAGUCAGGAAACGCAUCGUUCCGCUAUCACUAUACUUCCCUGGCACGCCUGCUCCGAGAUCGAUCGAAGAAGUCAACCGUCAAUUCACACAUCAGCUGCCACCACAUCUCGCCGAAGUCAGAUCAAAACCAAUCUCAACAGUAGCAGACGCAAAACCAGCACGUGGCAAAGCAGCAGGAAAAUUCACCAGUGGCAUUCACAAUGUCGGUCUGGCUUGUUUAAGAUUGGAACAGGUAAAGAGAUGGACUGAUGCAUCGGAUCCGAGUGGCAAAGAGGACGGUUUGGAGUUGUCGGUCUUGUCGGAAGAUGGUGAGACGACGCUAUUGGUCAGACCAUGGAUUCCUAGUUGGUGGCCAAAGGAGGAGCCGCAAUCGACGGGACAGGAUGCUUGA